GUGAAUCUCACUCAGACGACCUUUAUCUUGUUUGCUUGGGUCUUUCCCAUGUUAGUUUGUGACCGUAGUUUAUAAAAAUGAUCAGAACUUGUCUUUUGGGGCUGAGAAAUGUUUCCGGGCAAGGACUCUCUGCGGUUCCUGCAAGGCUGCAGCACAGUGUGGUUAAGCCUGUCCCCCCGAUCCGUUCAGAGACCUCCAGCGCCAAGACCCUUAUGGACAUUGGGACCCGCCGGAUCUUCAACGAGGACCAUGAUCUCUUCAGACAAAGUGCCCGGCGCUUCUUUCAGGAGGAAGUGAUUCCAUAUCACAAAGAAUGGGAGAAGGCGGGUCAGGUGAGCAGGGAGGUGUGGGAGAAGGCUGGUGAGCAAGGCCUGCUGGGACUAAUGAUACCAGAGGAGCAUGGUGGCAUCGGAGGAGAUCUGUUUUCUGUUGCUGUCAUGUGGGAGGAGCAAGCGUAUUCCAACUGCACAGGCCCGGGUUUCUCCUUGCACUCCGACAUUAUUAUGCCCUACAUCAGCAACUAUGGUAGCAAGGAACAGAUUGAACGCUUCAUCCCCAAGAUGACUGCUGGGAAAUGCAUCAGCGCCAUUGCCAUGACAGAGCAGGGAGCAGGCAGUGAUCUUCAAGGCGUGAUGACGUACGCCAAGAGGGAUGGCAGCGACUGGAUCCUCAAUGGCAACAAGGUCUUCAUUUCAAACGGCUGGAUGGCUGACCUGGUGGUGGUAGUGGCCGUGACAAACCGCAAAGCGAAGACGGCAGCACAUGGCAUCAGUCUGUUCCUGGUGGAGGACGGCAUGAAGGGCUUCCAGAAAGGGCGCAAGUUGGAGAAGAUCGGUCUGAAGGCCCAGGACACAGCUGAGCUGUUUUUUGAGGAUGUGCGGCUACCAGCUGAUGCCCUCCUAGGGGAAGUCAACAAGGGUUUCUACUACCUGAUGAAUGAACUGCCUCAGGAGCGUCUCGUGAUUGCUGCCAUGGCCAUAGCAGCCUGUGAGUUCAUGUUUGAGGAAACCAGGAACUAUGUGUUACAGAGGAAGGCUUUCGGCAAGACUAUCUCUCACCUACAGACUGUGCAGCACAAGCUUGCAGAGCUGAAGACUGAGAUCUGUGUGGGCCGAGCCUUCAUAGAUAACUGCCUUCAGCUCCACGCUGAGAAACGCCUGGAUGCCUCCACUGCUUCCAUGGCCAAGUUCUGGUCGUCUGACCUCCAGAACAAGGUGGCCACUCAGUGCCUGCAGCUCCAUGGAGGCUGGGGCUACAUGUGGGAAUACCCCAUUGGCAGGGCGUUUGUGGAUGCCCGUAUUCAGCCCAUCUAUGGAGGCACCAAUGAGAUCAUGAAAGAGCUCAUUGCUCGUACAAUUGUAGGCCAGAAGUAAGAAAUGUCCAGGUUGUCUUUUCUUUAUCAGUGAUUGUUAAUGCCGUAGGUUUACAGGGUUGAUUUUAGAUGUUAACAUGUAAAUUUGAAAGAGCAAUAAUGGCUCGACGGUUUCUGUCACUUUACUGCUCACUGUAGUGUUAUUUGUGUAUAUAGUGUAUAGUGCAUUUAAAAAUAAUAGAUUCCAGAUAAAAAUUGCAUUGCAUUUUUGUAAAUGUAGUUAAAUAAUUUUUCAGAUAAACAUGCCUUUAUGUCAACACUGAAAAUUUGCUACCGUGGCUAUCCACUUGAUGAAAUAAAUACAUUCUACAGUAUGUUUUAUUAGCCAGUGUUGUUUAGAACCCACAGCCUUGAUCAAGAAUUUAAGCAGUGUGUUGUUUUAGCACAGCAUCGAGAACGUCUGAGACAUAUUACAUAUUGGUUUAUUUAUGUCAUAUUAAAUGUUUUGACUUGAUUCUUAAUGUCUUUACAUAGUAGAUUGUGCCAUGCUUUCAAAGUUCAUAUUGGUCGAAGUGUGUGUACAUUUUUGCUAUUGCUCUCUGUACUUAUGAGGACCCUCACAAGGAUAUGAAUAUUAAAAAAACAAUGUAAAGAAUUAGA